AUGGCAACUACCAACGGAAGUGACUAUGGUGCCUACACAUACAAGGAGCUUGAGAGAGAGCUCUACUGGCCAUCCGAGAAGCUGAAGAUAUCAAUCACCGGCGCCGGAGGUUUCAUCGCUUCCCACAUUGCUCGCCGUUUGAAGCACGAGGGGCAUUACGUGAUUGCUUCUGACUGGAAGAAGAACGAGCACAUGACUGAAGACAUGUUCUGCGACGAGUUCCACCUUGUUGAUCUCAGGGUCAUGGAGAAUUGCCUCAAGGUCACCAAUGGAGUUGAUCACGUCUUUAACUUGGCUGCUGAUAUGGGUGGUAUGGGUUUCAUCCAGUCAAACCACUCUGUGAUCAUGUACAACAACACCAUGAUCAGCUUCAACAUGAUUGAGGCUUCUAGGAUCAAUGGGAUUAAGAGGUUCUUCUAUGCUUCUAGUGCAUGUAUCUACCCUGAGUUCAAGCAGCUGGAAACUACUAAUGUGAGCCUGAAGGAGGCGGAUGCUUGGCCUGCAGAGCCUCAAGAUGCGUAUGGUUUGGAGAAACUUGCAACGGAGGAGCUGUGCAAGCAUUACAACAAGGACUUUGGAAUUGAAUGCCGCAUUGGAAGGUUCCAUAACAUCUACGGUCCUUUUGGAACAUGGAAAGGUGGACGAGAGAAGGCUCCAGCUGCUUUCUGCAGAAAGGCUCUCACCUCCACUGAUAGGUUUGAGAUGUGGGGAGACGGGCUUCAAACCCGCUCUUUCACCUUCAUUGAUGAGUGCGUUGAAGGUGUACUCAGGUUGACUAAAUCAGAUUUCCGUGAGCCUGUGAACAUUGGAAGUGAUGAGAUGGUGAGCAUGAAUGAGAUGGCUGAGAUGGUUCUCAGCUUUGAAAAGAAGAAGCUUCCAGUUCACCACAUUCCAGGACCAGAAGGUGUUCGUGGUCGUAACUCAGACAACAACCUGAUCAAAGAAAAGCUUGGUUGGGCUCCAACGAUGAGACUGAAGGAAGGGCUUCGAAUAACCUACUUCUGGAUAAAGGAACAGAUCGAGAAAGAGAAGUCAAAAGGCAGCGAUGUGUCGCUUUACGGGUCAUCGAAGGUGGUUGGGACUCAAGCUCCGGUGCAGCUUGGAUCACUCCGUGCGGCUGAUGGAAAAGAGUGA